AUGGCCCCGACAUACCUCGAAGCCCUCUCCGCCUUCACCACCUUCCUAACCGCCUACACCCACACGCUCCUGUACCUGCGCUCCCUCUACCCCCGCGCCUCCUUCGCCAACUCACGCUUCCACAACGCCUCCGUCUGGCAAUCGCGCCACCCGCUCGUCUGCGAAUGGAUCCGCGACGCCGUCGCCGCCGUGCGCGAAGAACUGCUGCUCGGCAGCGUGUCCCGCAUCGGCAUCGUCAUCUUCUCACUACCCGAGAAUGAAGCCACGGGCAGCGCGAAGAUUAUGGAACGAUACAUGUUUGAUACUUCGCGCUUUCCGCGCGUCGAGCGCAGUGAGCGCAAUGUGGAGAUUGAGUGGGAGAGUAGUCCGGAGGAGGAGGAGGAGGAGGCGCUGGGAGGGAAGAGGGGCCGGGAACGGGAGCUGGAUGUAGAUGUCGAUGUCAAUCUGUCGGAGCAGUUUCGCGCCGCAUUCAUGGCGCUGGCCACAAGGACGACGAGGUUGGAGCCGCUGCCGGAGAACUGCUCGUUCAAUAUUUGCAUGGAGCUUCGGGAUGAGGCGGAUGUUGAUCCGCCGAUUAGACAUCCGCAGCCGUGGAUUCCGGUGCAGCCGAGUUUGCAGAAGACGGGGCGGAAGGCUACGGUCAGAGACGAGGGUGAGGAGGAAGAAAGGGAGAAAGGGAUCGACGAGGGUGAAGAUCUGGGAGGGGUCAAGGUCACGCCGGUAAGGAGCGUGGAAGCUGGCGUCUUCAGAUUUGAGACGUGGAUAGAGGAAGGGAAAGAGAAGUUUGAGAAGCAUUCAGACACUCUUUAG